AUGGCUUCCACCGAUGAGCAGAAGAUCAUCCUGGUCAGCUCUGAUGGCGUCAACAUCCAGACUGGUAUGCGCACUCGAUCUUCCUGCAUCUCUACCUGCCCGAUUAACACAUGUUGUANNGAUCGCAUCAUCGCCGAGCGCUCCAUGCUGAUCAAGAACAUGAUCGAGGAUCUGGGAACCNCCGGCGAGGAGCCCAUCCCCAUCAUGAACGUCUCUGAGGCUGUCCUUCGCAGGNUUCUCGAGUGGUGCGACCACCACAAGAAGGACCCUCCUCCGGAGAAGGACGAGGACGCCGAAUCCCGCAAGAAGACCACCGACAUCGAAGAGUGGGACCAGAAGUUCAUGCAGGUCGACCAAGAGAUGCUCUUCGAGAUCAUCCUCGCCGCCAACUACAUGGACAUCAAGGCCCUCCUUGACGUCGGCUGCAAGACCGUCGCAAACAUGAUCAAGGGCAAGUCCNCCGAGGAGAUUCGCAAGACCUUCAACAUCCAGAACGACUUCACCCCCGAGGAGGAAGAGCAGAUUCGUCGCGAGAACGAGUGGGCCGAGGACCGCUAA